AUGUCGACUGGAAGCUUUGACGCAAAGACGGAGGUGGAGACAAAGGGUGAGGAGGCGCACCAUGGCGAUGUCCUCCAUGAUGAGGUCUUGAAGAACCCUGAUCUCCUGACCGAGGCCUUUGAGGGUGAAAACCUGGAGCAUGAACAGGGAGUCUGGGAGGGUGUCAAGGCUCACCCCUGGGCUUGCUUCUGGGCUUUCAUCAUGUGCUUCACUAUUGUUAUGGAGUCAUUCGACAUGUUUCUGAACACCAACUUCGUCGCGAUCACGGAGUUUCAAAAACAAUUCGGUGUCCAGACUGGACCGGAUUCCUGGACCAUUCCAACCCGAUGGCAGAGUGCUCUCUUCCAAUCUGGUCAAUGUGGUGCUUUCAUCGGUGUUUUCCUGGCCGGUCCCAUUACCAACCGCAUUGGAUACCGCUGGACAACUAUCUUGGCCUUGAUCCUGAUGAAUGCCACCAUUUUCAUUUCCUUCUUUGCUAAAUCCCUCACCGUUUUGGUUAUCGGUCAAGCAUUUGAAGGAGUUCCUUGGGGACUCUUCAUCGCCAACUCUCCCGCCUAUGCUAGUGAGGUGGUUCCUCUCAGCCUUCGUGGCGCCUGCACGGCUACUCUGCAGAUGAGUUGGUCCAUUGGUUCAAUCGUUGUGGCCGGCGCCACUUAUGGCUACAACAGUCGGUUGGAUGAAUGGGCUUGGCGCACACCUCUUGCAUUGCAGUGGAUCUUCCCAACCCCCCUCCUCGUCCUGGUCUUCCUUGCCCCCGAAUCCCCCUGGUGGCUCAUUCGCCAUGGACGCAAGGAGCAGGCCCUAAAAUCCAUUGUACGUCUUGGUACUACUGCCGAGGACGCACCCAAGAAACUUGCCAUGAUGGAGCGAACCGUUGAGAUUGAAGCUCAACUGGGUGGUUCCCCCAAUUUGCUGGACCUCCUCAAAGGCUCCGAUUUGAGGCGAACGAUCAUCACUUGCUUGGUUUAUGCUUCUCAGAACUUUGCUGGUAACCUGAUUGCCAACCAAGCUACAUAUUUCUUCGAGCAGGCCGGAAUCUCGUCUGAUAUGGCUUUCAAGCUGAACCUGAUCAACUCGUGUCUCCAGUUCGUCGCCAACGGACUCUCUUGGGUUCUUACUGCCUGGUUCGGGCGUAGAACCAUUUACCUUUAUGGUACCACUGUCAACAUCUGCCUUCUCUUCAUUCUCGGAAUUUGUGCCUCCGUCCCCCAGACCCACGGAACCAACUACGCCCAGGCCUGCCUCGGUGUCAUUAUCUCCUUCGUCUUUGCCGGUACCAUGGGUCCUAUCUCAUACACCAUCAUUUCUGAGACUUCCUCCGUUCGUCUUCGUGCUCUUAGCACAGCCGUCGGUCGUGCCGCUUACUACGUUGCUGAGAUCCCCAUGAUCUACCUGUCCUCAAAGAUGCUCAACACCACCGGAUGGAACCUUGCUGGAAAGUGUGGUUACGUCUGGGGAGGUACUGCCUGCGUCUGCUGGGUUAUGGCUUACUUCUUCCUUCCUGAGCUCAAGCACCGGUCUUACCGUGAGAGCGACAUUCUGUUCAACCGUAAGAUUUCGGCCCGCAAGUUCAAGUCCACUGUCAUCGAUGUUCAAGAAAACGAGUAA